UGGAGUUUGCACAAUGCCUGUAAGUGUCAAAACUCAAACAUCUAAAAAUCGAGUGUACACCCCUGCUUUUUUAUUAUUGUGACAUAAUGUAGGUAGUUUUUCUUCUCAGUCUUUUUCUUUUCAGUCCUAAAGGCAUUUUAGCCUUUGUCAUGGCUAAGGAGCUUUACUUGGACCCAACCAACCCCUGCAGUUAAGGAAUUACAUAUUUAGUUUUGAUUUAACUAGUAUGAGCCAAGCUGAAGAGUUUAAAUGGACAAGAGCAGUUUGGAUGGAAGGAGAUGAUGAGGAAGAAGGCACUAUCCUUAAUAAAUGGGUUCAGGGUGAAAAUGUUAGAUGGCCUGUUAAAAUUAAUGCAUUAAGAGCUUUAUCAGAAGGUAGAUCCCCUAACAAAAAUUGGUUGAAAUUUGAUCUGGUUAAACUAAAAUGUUGUUCAAAUGAUCAUCAUACUUGUGAAGAUUUCAACUUUACCACAGAUGCAGAUGAUUGUAACUCACCUCCAAAAUAUAAACAUGAGCCUAAUAAAGUUACUGGUUAUGAAAACAAAAUAAAAACACUAUCUCAAUCACAUUCAUCAGUUAGAAGAAGGAACAGCGAUAAAGAUGAUCUCCAUACUUGUGAGAAUUUUAACUUUACUUUCACAGAUAAUUGUACCUCUCCUCCAAAAAAUAAUGUUUUAGAACCUAAAGUGUCUGGCCGUAAAAGUUAUGUUACAACACCACCUCCACCACAUUUAUCAGAUAAAAGAAAAAGUAGUAGAAAAGAGUUCAACUCUCCUAAAUCCAGUUCCCCAGAUAUAAGCAAAAGGAAGUUGGUAGUGGAGGAUCCUAAAUACAGUUCCCCGGAUAAAAAGAAAAGGAAGUUGGUAUUAGAGGAUGCUUCAAUUCUUAGAUCACAUCAAUUAUCAUCAGUGGAUUUAAGUAGUAGCAGUAGCUCUGAACCGUUGUCUCCUGUAAAGAAUCAGGUGUUUUCGAAUAAUAGUACAGAUACAAUGAGUAUAUCUGUUGCAUCAUUUCAAAGAUUCCAAUCAAAAGUUUUUGAGAACUUUAUCGUUUUAAAAGAAAUGAUUAAGUCACUUGGUCAGCGAUAUGAAAAGGAUGAUUCACCUUUCUUUAUUGAACAAUUAACUGAAAUUGAAAAAUUUAAAGAGUUUGAUGAUACUCUCAGUGAAAAUGAUAAAAAGAUGUCUUAGUCGCUUUGAAAACUGUGGAGGAGCAACAUGCCAUGAAUAUGUUAGGAAUAUUAUGAACAAGGUUAUGUCAAAUGGCGUCAUGAGCGAAUACAAUAUGAACGGGAAGUUCAAUAAGCUGUCUUUUCGAAAAACAAAUACAAUGAAGUUAAUAGUUGCAACUGUUGCGAAGUUGAAGAAAUAUACUGAAAAAGAUGUGGAAAAUAGAAUUGGUGUUACUUUGAAACACGCUCCUUUGCGAAAAGAUGGUGUGAAAAAUCUACGAAAUGACGACAGUUAAUGAUCAAGAAAUGAAACUUUAUGUUAUUUUAAUAUUAAAGAUUUUUUUUUAAAUAGAUUUUUUUGUCUUUA